AUGAGAUUGUACGAGUCUUACUUGUGCAAUGAUAGAUGGCUCAGUGUACAACCAUCAAACAAUAAAAUCAAACAUCAUUUAAAAUAUGAGAUAGACAACAAUCUUUUACUUUCAUUCAGCAAAACUCAUGUAAAUACAUUAUUUAGAAAAGACAAAGAUAUGCUGCAUCAUAAGGGUUCGCCUGGUAGUUGGCUAGUAGUGACACCACCCCCGAAAACGCGUCCAGUAGUGACACCACUCUAUUAG